AUACCUUCUGGACCAACCCACAAAUAAAGCUGUCCCUGACGGAGAGGGAUGAAGGCCAGGAGGGCUGCACUUUCCUGGCAGCCCUGAUGCAGAAGGACCGCAGGAAGCUCAGGAGGUUUGGGGCCAACAUGCUGACAAUUGGCUACGCCAUUUACCAGUGCCCAGACAAGGAUGGACACCUGGGUAGGGACUUUUUCAAGUACCAUGCCUCCCUGGCCCGGAGCAAGACAUUCAUCAACCUGAGGGAAGUCUCCGGCCGCUUCCAGCUGCCCCCCGGAGACUACAUCCUCAUCCCCAGCACCUUUGAGCCUCACCAGGAGGCCAACUUCUGCCUGAGAAUCUUCUCUGAGAAGAGAGCUGUCACUCGGGACCUGGACGAGAACACAGACAUCCACCUUCCUGAGCUUCCAAAACCGACCCCCCCGGAGGAGGAAACGGAGGAGGAGUGGCAGUUCCGGGCCCUGUACCGUCAAAUUGCUGGCGAGGACAUGGAGGUCACUGCCCAGGAGCUCGAGUGCGUCUUAAAUGCUGUUCUGCAAAAGAAAACAACCUUCAAGUUCAAGAAGCUGAGCCUGCUGUCCUGCAGGAACAUCAUCUCUCUGAUGGACACCAGUGGCAAUGGGAAGCUGGAGUUUGAAGAGUUCCGGGUUUUCUGGGACAAGCUGAAGCACUGGAUGGACCUGUUUCUCCAGUUUGAUGUGGACAAGUCCGGCACCAUGUCUUCCUAUGAACUGCGGAACGCCCUGAAGGCUGCUGGCUUUCAGCUGGACAGCCAUCUCCUGCAGCUACUCGUCCUCAGGUACGCAGAUGACGGACUCCAGCUGGACUUUGAUGACUACCUCAACUGCCUGGUUCGGCUGGAGAAUGCAAGCCGUGAGUGCACAGGGGAGCUGAGUGUGCAGGGAGCUGAGUGCGCAGGGAGCUGAGUGCGCAGGGAGCUGAGUGUGUGCAGG